UAGGGAUAUACGCAAUGAUAUCAUGCAUUCAAAGUCCUUCCAAGUGGAUCAAAGAUCUUUAUAUCAAUAUAUCGAUCAGAUGAUUUUGGUUCUUCAAGAUCCCAAGAUAUUAGUUACAGAUGUAGCUGCUCAAAAUGCCGUUUUAAAAUUGGAAAAGUUAAAGAGAGAUCAAAUAUACAUAAGCUUAGAAGAUGCUUAUGAAAUGCGAAGACAAGCUUUAAAAGCUGGCGAGGAUGGUUUAAAAAUGAUCGAAAAAACAAAAGACGAAGCCAUUCAACAAAUAGAAACGAAGAGAAAAGAAAUUCAUGAUAAUUUAGAUUCACACUUUGGACAGCGGCUACUGGAACAGAACAAGGAAAUCAAAGCUGUAACGAUAUGUAUGCAAACAGAGAAGAAUGAGUUCGAAAGUAGAUAUCAAACAGCUGUGAACGAAAUUGAAACAAAGGGAAGGCAGAUUACAGAUAACAUCGAUGCAUACUUUGAGAGUCGAGUGAAUGAGCAUGAAAACAAAGUCGAAGAUCAGUCUAAAGAAAUUUCUGAUGUUGAAACUCUGAAUUCUGGGCUGACAGAAGAUGAAAAAGAUCUCCAAAGAUAUUUACUAGAAUCUUAUAAAAAAGAAUAUAUUAAGAUACCAGUUUCUCCACUUUCUACAAAGAACAGAAAAAGCGUUGAGGAGCUUUAUGUCCCGUUAAAGGCAAAGAUAUUUUGCAAACACAAAAAAUUAGCCGCAACCAAACUAGCCGAUAUGUUCCAGCAAGACAAUAAAGUCAUGCUCAGCAUAUAUCUUACCGGAGAAGCAGGGAUAGGAAAAUCAACUUUUUGCAGGAAAUUGAUUUCACUAUGGUGUACGGUUAGAGAAAAUGAAGGAAAAUUUCCACAUGAUUAUACUCCUGUUUUUGAUUUUAAAAAUCAAUCAUUGACAAAGAACAGCUCUAUUCAGACCGUUGAAGGGUUUGCAGAUUAUAUGGAUGAUUUUUAUUAUGAGAGUUAUAUGUCUGAUGAAAGUGAUACGUCGCAGACAGAAUACAGUGAUGAUAGUUCUAUAUGUAACGAAGAACUAAGCAAAGGUAUAAUGGAUAAUGCAUUAUCAAGUCCUAUAAACAAUCAAGGUCAGCCCAUUUCAGUCGCUAAAAGUUCACAGUUCACAGGUGACGACACAGAUAAUGCAUUAAUCGAAAAGUUUGAUUUCCUUUUCUUCAUAUCUCUUCGCGAUACUAAUCUAGAGGUCUCCAUUGAAGACAUGAUAGUAAAACAGCUUCUUUUUCAAAAUUCAAAACUACACGAAUGUUUUAAAAGCACCAUAGUCAGAAUUCCAGAAAAAUGCCUUUGCAUUCUUGAUGGACUGGACGAAUGGCAACCUCCAAAACCUUUGCCGACACAUCCUACUGUCACAAGAGGUUUACCACUAAGCUCUGUUGGUGGAAAAUAUGUCAAAUUGUUUACGGCUCGGAGAUGGAAAUACGAAAGUCUCAGUCCAUGCAUUGAAGAACAUGAAUCAGAAGUUAGACUGACGGGCAUUGGGAAAAAAUCAUCAAAGGCGCUCAUUGAAAAUAUGUUGGAGUCAAAAGAUCACACAAUUGCAUUUGAAACGGCAGUUAGCUUGAGCGAUACAAAUGAUUUGGCUUAUAUUCCUCUCCUACUCAAAUUACUAAUUUGCUUAUGGCAAGAAAACUCUAAACUUGAAAAAUAUAAAACAGAGUUGUAUUGUUCAAUUAUAAAUAUUAUGCUACAUCUGGCGGAAAAAAGAAAUGAUUUGCCUUUUGUUAUUUCAACUCAACAAUUACCACAAAUGCUGGAAGUAUUUCGCUACAUAAAUGACAAUAGCAACAUUGUUGUCAAGCUUUCAAAAUUUGCAUUUGAUUCAUUGUUUAAAACGCCCCAUGAGUCUACGUUGGUUUUUUCUAUGUUUGAUCUUUCACAGCAAGGUUGGAAUUCAAGAGAAAUUCUUUUAUUUCUGCAAACGGGAAUUCUUUCACAAAAGUCUUUAUCUGGUGAAUCAACUUUUAUGCCGAAAACAUCAUUGUCGUUUAUCCAUAAAAGUUUUCAAGAGUUUUUUGCAGCCGUGCAUAUUGCUACUGCUGACAGUGACAGAAAUGAAAUCAAAAGACUUAUUGCCUAUAGAUGCGGUCAAACGUAUCAAAUUGUUGAGAUGACAAAUGUAUUUUAUUUCUUAGCAGACUUACGCCAAGACUUGUAUCAAGAAAUAUUAAAAGAAAUAGCGUCAAAUUGUCGUGACAGGGGCAUCGCCUUUGGCCACGAAUUAGAUCUCACGUUGAAAUUAAAAGAAGAAGAUAUUUGUCUAACUGAUAUAUUCUUAAGAGGUAACCCAAAAUCCGUUGUGAUAGAAUCAACAAAUUACGGCAUAAAGCGGCUUUGGUUUUCAAGACAAAACCAGAAACUUCAAAUGAUAGAGCUCAGAAGUGUAAGUUUGACACAUAUGGCAUUCAAGACAUUGCUAGAGAGUAUUUCUAUGUCAGGAAAAGGAGUUGAUGUCACUCUUAUAUGCAUAGGUUGGAUAGACGAACACUUUGAAAAAGAAAUGUUCCCACUAUCUGUUCAUGUACGGAACGUUGGAAAAUUGAAAAUCAAAUUCACAAACCUUACCAACGUGGAAUUUAUCCUGCCUCAAAAUAGUUGUACUGUUGAAUUAACUGAGAAUGACAUGACAGACAGUGGUUUGAGCACAAUGAUAAAUUCUGUUUCAAAAACAAAAGGUGUCAUUGAAAUGACCUUCCAUCGUAUAAAGAUCAGAAAAUCUAAACACACGCAUUUUAAUUCUGAUUGUCCUGUUUUGAACAUCACUGUUAAUGCUUGUGAAGUUAAUAAACGCAUCGAAAUAGGGGAAAUAAAAAUUUGUAAAAGUGAUAUUACUCAUACAGGUACAUGUUCUGAUUUGCAGAGUGUACAAUUGAGAGAAUUAACGAUUGAACGUGUUGACCUAUCAAACGUGUCGUUUUCUUCUGAAGAAAUUGACAAUUUUCAUCUGAUAAAUGCAAUAUCAAAAGAGUUAGUUAAGUUUAAAGUUUCAAGUCAAAAUCUACAGCUCCAGGUUUUAGAGCUAGAGUGUGUAUGUUUGAAAAUAACAGCAUUCGCGUCAUUUCUAGAAAAUACUCCUUUGUCGGAUAAUGGUGUUGAUGUGACUCUAGUUAAUGUCAUUUGGAUCGAAGAAGACCUAAACCGAAAGUUUUGUAUUGAUUUAAAAAAUAUAAGGAAAUUAAAAAUUCAAUCUACAAAUUUCAAAGAAAUAAAUUGGAAGCUUUCCAAGAAUAUUCGUACUGUUGAAUUGAUUGAUACUACUCUACCACUCAGAAAUCUGUCUGCAAUGAUCAAAUAUUUUCGAGAUACAGAAGUUGAUGUUGAAUUGAACUUGAAUUAUGCGUGGGAAUCUGUAUGCAAAAUAUCCAAAAUAGUACUGAAUCGUUCUCAGAUAAUCGAUAAUGUGACAUUAGGGACAACCAUUAAAGGCACAGAAAGCGUGUCCCAAAGAAACAACGGUAAAAUUCAAAGUUGUCCGCUAAACGAGUUAUGGAUUAAAAAUACCGAUCUCGUAGCUGUGUUCUUUUGUUCAAGGGAAUUUGACAUUAUUAACUUUGUGGAUGUAACGAUACGAAUUAAGGAAUUAAAGAAAAUCCUAGGGAAGAAAAUAAUUGGGCAUCUUUGUGCGAUCUUAGGAAAAUUCAACCCUUAUGAUAUCGUUACAUUUACAGGUCGCAAUACUGAUGAAGUACUUAUUAGUGAUAGAUUUAAACUUCGAUAUCGAGAAGUUGGUAUUCCUCUUGAGAUAAGUGUUAAAGAUAAUAAGGUGGUAUCAAUGUUGACAAUAUCAAAUCGUUUGACAGAAUUGAAUUGCCUUUCCCAUGUUUUCAGCAAUGUAUUAGAGUUCAUUCUCCAAAUCGAGCAAAUAAAUUUGAAUUUACAUUUUGAAAAUAUAACUUAUUCAUCUACAGACAAUUUUGAAUGUUUAGUAAGACAACUAAGAGCUUUCAAAAUAUUUUCUGUAACGAUGGACAAUGAUGAGGGAGAUAUACAUGUGAACGAUCGUGUGACAUAUUUAUACGACACAUUAAAACCUGAAUAUGUACAAGGUAAAGGAAGACCUGUGUUGAAUAAAAUAAUAUCUUUUUUGAAGAUUUCAUGAGGAUUUCAAAUAAACAAUAUGUUCUCUUAGAGGUUUCUAGCCACACAUAUAUUAAAAGUAGAAAAUGAACGUUCGAGUUUUCAAAACUUGAAUCACUGACUUUGUCAUUGUAUAAUAAAGAAAAUUGAAACUUUGCAUGCACUGUCUUCAUGUUAAAUGAUAUGACUUUUUGAUGGUACUUAAAUUAAAAGUGUAAAUUGAGAUUAAAUUGAAACUGUUUUACAUUUAAUACCUUUUAAUUUGUUUUAACACACCACUUUUGGUUCAUGUUUGAUUUAGGCGGAAUUAAAUCAUUACGGAUUUCAUCUUUAACUAUUUGAAAGGAAAAUACCUAUCGAAAUAUGUUUAAAUAUAUCUUU